AUGACUGUAAGAUUACCUACUCUUUUUCGUAUAGAAAUUAAAAAACAAGAAAGAAACUUUAGCUUUGUAGAAUGUUUGGCACUAAGUAAAACUUAUCUUAGAACAAAACCUUUCUGGAACCCACAAUCAUACUGA